AUGGAAGGGAGGGGGGCAAGACCUCCAGAUCUGGCGGCUCGCCGGCGCGCCGCACGCCCCGCCGUUGCUAGGCCCCGCUGCCCUGCGGCGAGAGGCUGCCCCGCGAUCACGCCGUGGCUCCCCACGAGGGGCGCGCCCGACCAGCGCGAGCGCCAGAUCCCGCCGCCGCCGGCCGCCAGCUGGGUUUGCCCGCCGACGACCGCCCACGACGAGCGCCAGAUCCCGCCGACGAGCGCCGCCAGCACGCAGCCCGCCUCGUGCAGCCCUCCACGCCAGCCACCGUGGCAGCCCAGCGUCGCCGCGUCCCGCACCACGCCGCGUUCCGGCCAGGGAAGAUCGCCCCACGGCGAGCCCGCCUCGCGAGAAGGAGAGAACGCCCUGGCGGCGGCGAGGGGAGGGAUGGGGAGAGGGACGCGGUUCGGCGGCGGCUAG